AGAAGCAUGUGAAGCCAGAGCGGCGCUCACACUCAAGAAGCAACAGCUACAGCAACAGCCUCCUCCUUCCCCAUUCCUCCUUUCCUCCCCAAUUAUCCCAAUUCAGUGGGAGAUGGAGGGCAUCCCGAGCUGCUGAGAAGCACUGACCGACUGAACGAAGAUAAAAGUCUGCGUUGUGGGAAAUUUCAUUACUCAUUUUAUUUUAUUUUUUGUGUGUGGAGGAGACGAGCAACAAGGUUGAUGUGCUGGAGAAAAGCCUCCUGGUAGGAGGGAGAGCAGCAGAGAAAAAACGGGAAGAAAGCAAACGACGACCGGGUCUGACACUGCCGCCGAUUCCAAGGUCUGAAAGUAAAGCAGAGUGAGGGGGCGCAGAAGAUCAGAGGGCUCGCACGUGUUGGGUGGUGACCCCCACUCGAGGACCAAGAGGGGAGGAAAGCAAAUUCAAACAGGGACGCAGCUGGAAAGAUGGGAAGGCAUCGGGGAGCACAUUUCAGUCCUGGGAGUCUGGUGCACUGACCCUGCCUUCAACAGGCGAGGAGUCAGAGGACCAGGGUCAUGACUGGCUUUUCUGGCCCUGGUCAGUGUGCCUUAGUGCCAUGGCUGAGGGUGUGGAGAUGGGUUCUGGCCACCUCACUGGUCGCUGGGAUUACCCUGACUCUACCAGGGAACAGCCAGGCCUGUCCUCCACGGUGUGAGUGCUCAGCUCAGCUGAGGUCAGUGUCAUGCCAGCGGCGGCGGCUCGUCAACAUCCCUGAGGGCAUUCCCACCGAGACAAGGCUUCUGGACCUCAGCAGAAACCGGCUUCGCUGGGUGCAGGCGGGUGACCUGUCACCAUAUCCACGGCUGGAGGAGGUGGACCUCAGUGAGAAUCUCAUCGCCACCUUAGAGCCCAACGCCUUCUCAGCCCUUCAGAAUCUUAAAGUGCUAAAGCUUAGGGGAAACCAGCUGAAGUUAGUGCCCAUGGGAGCCUUUGCCAAAUUAGGAAACCUGACCAGCCUUGACCUGAGUGAAAACAAGAUGGUGAUUUUGCUAGACUACACCUUCCAGGAUCUGAGGAACCUGAAACACCUGGAAGUUGGAGACAACGAUUUGGUUUACAUUUCUCACAAGGCUUUCUCAGGAUUGCUGGGACUGGAGGAUCUCACAAUAGAACGCUGUAACCUGACAUCCAUUUCUGGCCAGACGUUGUCCUAUCUCCGCAGUCUGGUCACUCUUCACCUUCGUCACCUCAGCAUCAUUGCCCUGGAGGACCAGAAUUUUCGAAAGCUCUACAGCCUACGGGGUCUGGAAAUUGAUCACUGGCCAUAUCUUGAGUACAUCUCCCCUCUCAGUUUUCAGGGUCUGGAUCUCCACUGGCUGUCCAUCACAAACACUAACAUCACAUCCGUACCAUCUUCCUCUUUCAAGAAUAUGGUGCAUCUCACCCACCUCAAUCUUUCUUACAAUCCCAUCACCACAUUAGAACCUUGGGCCUUCAAGGACUUGUUGAGGUUGAAAGAGCUCAUCAUGGUAAGCACAGGGUUGGUGACUGUCGGGCCCCAUGCCCUCGGCGGCCUCAGGCAGAUACGGGUGCUCAACUUCUCCUCCAACGACCUGCAGACGCUGGAAGAGAGCUCCUUCCACUCUGUCAACAGUCUGGAGACCCUCAGAGUGGACGAGAACCCCCUGCUGUGUGACUGCCGUCUGUUGUGGAUCCUGCAAAGGCGCAAGACCCUCAACUUUGACGGCAGGGUGCCGGUGUGUGCAGGGCCAGUGGAGGUGCAGGGGGUCAGCCUCAGCGCCUUCACUGACUCUGCACUGUUCGAUCACUUUACAUGCCAGAAACCUAGAAUACGCAACCGUAAGAUGCAGAAGGUGGUUGCUAAUGAAGGCCAGGCUGUGAGUUUUUUGUGUCGAGCUGACGGAGAACCCACGCCAGCGAUCGUCUGGAUUUCACCACAACGCAGACGGAUAACAUCCAAGACUCCAGGUCGCAUCACUGUUCUCCCGAGUGGGACCCUGGAGAUCCGUUUUGCCAAACUCACUGACACAGGAACAUACAUUUGCAUCGCCAGUAACGCUGGCGGCAACGACACUUACUUUGCCACUCUCACAGUGCACGGGCAGCCGAUGGACGCCGCCUCUGCCUUCUUUCUUAACCGCUCGAUGUACAGCGGAGAGUUUUUCAACGACACAAAUAUGAACAGCACACGGGUUUUCCUGAAGUUCACCUUGGACCUAACAACCAUCUUGGUCUCCACAGCGAUGGGCUGCAUCACCUUCCUGGGAGUUGUCCUCUUCUGUUUCCUGCUGUUGUUUGUGUGGAGCCGGGGGCGGGGCCAACGCAGGAACAACUUCACAGUGGAGUACUCCUUCCGGAAAUCUGAACCCACAACCGGGAGCUCUUCAGGAGGGACACGGAAGUUUAACAUGAAAAUGAUAUGAAACAACGCAGCCAGGGGUCCCUCAGGGGAGGCAUGAACACGUUCCACACGCGUGUUUAAUGCAUGCAAACACACACAGCCACUGUCUCACAAAGAAGUUUGAAAACACUAUAGAAGCUUUUCCAAUCUCAAAUGAGCAUCUCACUUCUUGGGGGGGAGCUAAGUUGGUAUCCCUGGUUCCUCCGCACCAUAUUUUUCUUCAUCAGCUUAAAGUUAAAAUAGUUUUUUACUUAUAAUGUCCGAAAAAAUGAGUUGUAAAUUUAAACUACUGAUUGGAACGCUUUAAAAAAAACAAAGGUAAUGGAGUGUGUUACAUUAAAAAGAAACUUUAAUUUAGUUUGCAUGAAUAUUUCUACUUUAAAGAGAUUUUUUUUUCUGAAGGGUUUGAUUAUAGGCCUCAAAUUAGAACAAAGCAUGCAGAGUUCUAACAUUUACUAUACAGUAACGACAGUUAAGCUGAAUUCAUGGGUUCAGUUCUCUCAUUGACAUCAUUUUCCAAUGUCCAUCAAAGAUGGAAAAUAAAAGCACGCUGUUUUCUCUUUGUGAGAUCUUGCCAUGGCACUAGCUGUGUGAGUUUGGGACGAGCGCACUGACCGAGAAGGACUGUGGCUGCCUGUGGCCCGGACAGGUUGCUUACCCUGCUGCCACAGGCUGCCACGUUCAGCAUGGCUGCCAACACAGAGGAGACGAAAGAGCUGUGGGCAGAACGCCGCUGCAAAGUUCCCUCUCUAUCAGCAGACAUCAUUGGGACUUUUUUCCAUAGAGAGUCAAACCUGCCGGCUUUCUACUCCUUCAGCUCUUGUCUCUUAGGUUGGGGCUAACCUGACCUCACCAGGGCUGCCCGGGGGGAGCAGCUUGGAGAGUUGGGUCUGACUCAGAGACAGAAAUUGGGCCCACAGUCCACACUGAAGAGUUCACAUGACAAAUACCUUUUUACCUGUAGCUCAAGAGCAGCACCUUUUCUCAGGAAGAGUGGAAAAACUUGCCCAGUGGGUCUUGUUAUACAAACCUACUAUAUUUAAAGAAAAAAUAUUCCAGCAAUACUAUAAAUACAGCCAUAAACAAAUGUUUUUUCUCCAAGAUGAUUCCUAAACAUGAGAGAAAAAGAAAGAAAACUCAUUAUUUGGUUAUAGUUUUUUUUACAGAAGUGUCUACAUGAUUCAUAAAAUCACUUCCUGAACUCCUUAUCUUCAUGUGUAUUUUCAACCCGCAGCACACAAGGACAGGAAAUGGCAUAAAUGAAUUUUUUUUCAAGAAAACCACCACAGAAACUUCAGUGUGAUGCUGGCUGCCCUCUCUCUGCCUCUGACACGGCCAGUGCGCGAAUGUCUCUGCCCCCCCUAGCCCAGUGCAUCCCCCCCCUCUAUCCACCUCCCCAAACACCCCCACUGGGUCCUCCUUUGGGAGGGGUCCCUGGCUGGAGACAGGUUUCAAAUGUAAAUGAAGUCAUGUUAACCCUACCCACACCAUGUGCGUCGUACAGUGGAGAGUAGUACUGUGGUUUUUAUGGUUAAAAAAUAAUGAAAAGUUUCUUUGGGGUUUCUUCUUGUUUGUCCUUUUUUUGUGUUUUUUCAGUUUUUGUUCUCCGUGACCUUUUUGGUUGUUUACUGUUUUACAGUUCCUAGUCCUCCAUAUUGGUUGGUUUCUGUUCUCAACUCCAUAGAAAGCACACUGCUGAUCCAGUUUAUUACGAAAUGAGCCCAGAUUAAACGAUGGAAAAUGGAAGUAACCCAAAGGUGGGUAAGUAAUUAUGACAGGAAAUCAAUAUUUCAGUUGGCAAUGAUAUAGAAAUAAAACAAAUCUUCUUAUCAGAGCUGGAUUCAGUCAGAAAAACUAUAGACUUGUUGAAUUCAAAAACAAAAGCUAGUUAUUAUUUCAUCAAUAAUAACUUUUCUUUGGGUGCAGAGCUGCUUUAAAAAAAAUCUGUGAAAGGUCCUGUUUAAUCAGUUAACAGGUUAAAAUUGGUUUAAAAGAAAGUUACUUUGAAAAUCUCUUAUUUGUGGCUAUCCUCUGUUACACCACCAACAACUUUGUUGUUGCUUGUGUAUUAAUAACCGUAAAUGUGAAGCUAUCAACACACCACCCUCAGGCAGUAACUUCUAACGAAAAAUCUAUGUAAAUGCGCAUAAAUGUGUGAUUCCCAUGGCGCAUACAUACAUACUGGAUGCAUGGCCAUUCAACAAGUGUUGCAAAUAAAAUCAAAGCUUCAAGCUACCCCUCCCCUUCCUCCCCCCUCUACGAACUAUGGCCACGUCAUUCCUGCCCACCUCUACGCAGCACAGUCGCUCUAAACGCCCACCUUUGAUAAAGUCAAAGCUCCUUCUGCUAACUAUGUUAAUUAUGCUAAUGAGGCUAAAAGUGCUAGCAUUGCGAUCAGCAUCAUCAACUGACUCAGAAAAACACAUUGCUUAAGAAGCUAAUUAUGCUAAGUAUGCCAGUUAUGCUAAUGUGGCUAAAAGUGCUAGCUAAGAAAUCAGAAUCAUCAACUCACUCAGACAAACACAUUGCUUAAGAUAAUCAUAUUGGUAAUAUGUUACGUUAAUAGGAAAUCCACUUUUUCUUCAACACGCGGGUUUUCUGUUAAUUUGAUCUCCAUAGCAACCAUUUUAUGUUUUGGUCGCCUGGGGACAACGAAAAGAUCAACGUAAGUUCAGACGAAUCAGAAAAAGUACACUUUUGAAUGUCCUUAGCAACAGAAGUUUAUUGCUAACCUGGAUCACAUUCCUUUCAUGUCCAUAUCCAGUGUUUUUCAAUGUGUUCAGUUCUAGCCAUGGAUCUAUACAUUCAAUUUUCACUGUAUUCCAUUGAAAGAUAUGGGAGUUAUAACAGUGCGCCACUUUUGCUAGCUUGCGACAAUUGAUACAAUUCUUGAUAAAAAUCCCAAGGACAAGUUUACCAUUGUAUUCAGUAGUAAAGGUACUUUUUUUUGAAAAUCCAAGAUGGUUGCCUUUUUUAUCAAAGGUCGAUGAAACUCCAGAAGUGAUUGUAGACUUACGCUAGCAACAUGUGCGUGAAAUUUUGAAAACGGCUUAAAGAAAAGUUAAUUUUUCCAUAUUGUUUAAAAACGCACAAAUUGUGAAACCGCCAAACCAUGAUGAUUUCAAAACUUCGUUUGGAUAUGCCUGACAAGGUGUUAUCAGUUUCGUUAGUUAGUUUAGUUGAUUCUUAAAAGAAAAUUCUGAAUAUUUUUUUUUAGCCGAGUCGACACUUUUUUUGCAACAGUUUUUUGUGUACUACGCCCACAUUCUUUAACAGUUUUGUCGUAUGUUACAUUGUUUUGUUCAGCGUGGGCCAGGGAAUCGCAUGUUUAAUUUUCAUGACAUUCCGAUGAAAAACUGUAUGAGCUAGCUAAGAUCGCAACGGUUGCAGUUCACCACGGACGCGCCGUUCAAAAUCUACAACUUUUAAAUCCAACGUUUUGUCCACAGUAACUAACCAUGGAUGCCCGAGAAGUUACGAGACGAUCGCUAAAAAUCCCUAGGACGAAUUUUCUGGAUGUAAAAGUGAUUUUUUUUUAAAAUGCAAGAUGGCAGCCUUUUCCCAAGGUCAAAGGUCAAAGGUCAACGACAC